AAUCAAAUUUUUUAUAAGCAUGUGGACAUAAACAUCAGCUAAAGUGUAAACAAUGGUGGCAUUAGUUUUCACUCUGUAUCAAUUAACUUCUAAAAUCUGAGUAAUGAAGAGUUUUCAUCUCUGCAGCACCCAUGCAUAAUGAGUGCUGCCUUUCAUCUAUCGUGCCAUUGGUUCAAAGCAUCUUCCUGCCAGUAACAUUAGCUUUGUUCAUCUUGACUCCCAUCCAGACCUCCUUAUCCCUGUGAAUAUGCCUGCAGACACUGUAUUUGACAAAGAAGUGCUUUUUAGUGAAUUAAGUAUUGAGAACUGGAUUAUGCCUGCUGUUUAUGCUGGCCAUAUUUCUCAAGUUCUGUGGCUUCACCCACCAUGGGCUCAGCAGAUCUCAGAGGGAAAACACAAUUUUUUAGUUGGGAAAGACAUAUCAACAACUACAAUCAGGGUUACAGGUACAGAUGAUUACUUUUUAAGUGAUGGUCUUUAUGUCCCUGCUGAUCAGCUAGAAAACCAGAAGCCUUUAAAUUUACAUGUCAUUCUCAUUAAUCCUACGGAAACAUCAAACAACCAGGAAGAAAAUGGCGAAGUAAUAUCUGCUAAGAGACUGAAGCUAAAUACAGAUGACACAGCAAACACUGUUGCUGCCUCUUCAUCAGUGACUCCUGGUGACCUUGAACACAGCUCCUCAAGUGUGAAGAACAAGGAAAUACAAAAUGCAAGUGCCCUGAACAGGGCAGAAUGUUCAUCUUCAAGCUCUCUCAGAAAUGACGAAUGCCCAGUAAGGGAGGUUGCUAAAAAUAUCUGCCAAGUUCUUCAGAAAGGAGAUGCAUUUGUUUUAGACAUUGACUUAGAUUUUUUUUCAGUUAAGAAUCCAUUCAAAGAAAUGUACACACAGACAGAGUAUGAGAUCUUACAAGAGUUGUACAACUUCAAGAAGCCUCAUAAGGAUGCAACAGAGGAAGGCUUGCUGGAUUGUGUUGAAAACCGUGUUCAUCAGCUAGAAGAUCUGGAAGCAGCAUUUGCAGAUUUGUGUGACAAUGACGAUGAAGAAACCGUACAGAAGUGGGCUUCAUAUCCUGGAAUGAAGCCCCUUGUUCAGCUAGUUCACAGUUUGAAAAGCAGGAUGGAGAGCCCAGACUAUGAAAUGGUCCAUCAGGCUGGUCUGACCUGUGAUUAUAUGGAGCUUCCCCACCAUGUUAGCACGGAAGAGGAGAUUGAAGGCCUCAUACAAUCCACUAAAGUUCUACUGAAAAACAUGCCUAAGCCCACACUUGUGACAAUUGCUCGAUCAAGUUUGGACGACUAUUGCCCUUCUGAGCAGGUUGACAUCAUUCAAGAGAAGGUUCUCAAUUUACUAGGUUUGGUGUAUGGCACUCUGGAUGUGCACUUAGAUUACUCAACCAACUCUUCUUUGUGACAUUUCUUCAUAUAUUGCUUUCCAAUGCAGUAGAUUAAUUUAAAUUGCAUAUUUGCUGUGGUUGCAGGGGAAAAAACACACUUAUUUCAGCAGAUGGCACUAGAACCCAAGCUGACCAAGAGCUAGGUUUAAGUUGCACUGCUUUCAGUCAGCUGUAUCAGAACUGUUACCUGUUUCUUUUGAUUGUUAUUUUUACUGUCUUGCUUAUUUUAAAAAUUGGGUCAAGAGAAACGGUUUGUCCACAGAAUGUAUUUUUUCCAUCUGAUUUCUUGAAGUGUGUGUAAAAAAAAAAAAAAAAAUAAUAAAAUCUAAAAAUAAACAGAUUUCUUUUAUAAACUGAAACUUUUUGGAGUUCGGUGAGUAACAGAUGUGUUCCUGAGUUGCAUUCUAUUCUUUUAAAAGUUACCUCAGUAGUGCCAAUAAGACCUUGCGUUUGCAUAGUGAUCUUUCCUAACUGCUGUACUUCAGCACUCCCCUCACAUUUUCAAGAGUAGUUUAUGGCUUCUGCCCAUCCACAGAAUAUUAUUUGUAUUUAUAAUUUGCAUUAAUAUUGUCUCCUUACCUUAGAGUGUUUCUUUGGUGACUCAGAUAAUGUUCCUGAUAUACAGAUGUUGAAUUUUUAUUUUUAAAGAUACUUUUUAAUCCUUUAAAUACAUAAAAAAUAAUGUGUGUGUGUGCAUGCUUUUAUUUACUGAAUCCUGUAAGGAACUGAAUUGAUGUUUUCUUCAGGAACAAAAAUUUAACUUCACUGAAGUACAGAGCCUUCUGUACCAGGCUUUCACUCAUUUCAUUUCCCAUUUGGAAAGUAAGUUUUAGAACUAUUUAACAUGCAAAGCAAUCUGAUUCUAGAGAAAACUGAUACUUCAAGAACAACAAUAACAAAAGAAGAGGAUUGUUUUGGAAAUGAAGCUGAAAUGAGAAAGAAAA